GUUUUCAGCAUCGGUAUCAUAUGACCACAUAAUGUCCCAAGGCCCCAGCUUCCCCCAUUUUCUGACCAACCAUGAAAACAGCACCAAGAGGCUGAUGCAGGAAGCAGAAAAGUGCCAAGAAAAGCAGAAGAGAGAGAGAGAGAGGGUGCAUGGAUCCUGCAUGAAGAGGCUCCAGCCUUUGGACGCACCGCCGCUGGAGAGCUCCCCCUGGGGUCUGGCCAUGCGGCUGCUGGCGGCUCUGCUGCUUCUCUGGGUCCCAGGCUCUUUGUGUCUGAGCGGCCCCAGCACUGUGUCGGGCGCCGUGGGGGGAUCCCUGAGUGUGCAGUGUCGGUACAAGGAGGAAUACAAGGAGUUUGACAAAUACUGGUGCAGACAACCCUGCUUGCUAAUUUGGCACCAGGCUGUGGAGACCAGAGGAGCCAAUGUGGAGGUGAGGAGCGGCCGAGUGUCCAUCGUGGACCGUCCCGAGGACCUCACCUUCACCGUGACCUUGGAGAACCUCACUGCACAGGAUGCAGGAAAAUACAGGUGUGGGGUUGCCACGAUCCUGCAGGAAGAAGGACUCCUUGGCUUCCUGCCUGAUCCCUUUUUCCAGGUUCAGGUGAUUGUUCCCCCAGCCUCCAGCAGCAAUAGCUCUACGGGGAUGCCUGAGCCACUCAGCCGACAGCAAGGGUCCCAGCUCAGCAGCAUCCACUUCCUGCUCCUGGUCUUCCUGAAGGUGCCCCUGCUCCUGGGCAUGCUCAGUGCUGUCCUCUGGGUCCACAGGCCUCAAGGAGCAAUUUGUGGGGAGACACAGCCAGCCUGACCAAGACGACCUUCAGCUCCUCCCUUGCCCGGCACCGUCCUGCUCAGAGAACCAGCCACUCCGACUAGAGAAGAAGGAACAUCUGAUCCUGAACCUUAUGUCUCUUUUCACCUUAAUACCAGAGACUUGCGGGGGGGGGGGGAACAACUUAAAAAAAUGUCACCUGUUUUGCUGUGGUGGAAAUGAAUCCGACCAGUAACCAUGAGGAUGCAGGUUUCAUACCUGGCCUCGCUCAGUGGGUUAAGGAUCUGGCGCUGCCGUGAGCGUGAUGUAGGUCACAGACACAGCUCGGAUCCCACAUUGCUUGUGGCUGUGGUGUAGACCAGCAGCUGUAGCUCCAAUUCCACCCCCUUGCGUGCAAACCUCCCCUUGCGUGCACUCCAUGAGUGCAGCCCAAAAAGCAAACAAACAGCCAAAUCCAAAACAAACCAACAAAAAAGCCCACGGGUGAAAUAGAGCGUCUUGCUCUCUGAGAGGUGCGAGUCUGGUACAGAAGCAGGUUUCCUCAUUACGACCCUCCUCCUGUUUCCAAGCCACAGGUCAACGGGAAGCCUUUCCAGGAGGGGGUGUCUGGCUGCAUCUGGACCAUGGAGCACCCCACGGGGGAGGAGGAGCCCCGUCCUGUCUGUGCCCUCUCAAUUCCACACCUGGGUCCCCUAAAAUUACCUGCAGGCUCAGCAUCGCCCCAGCUCCAGAACCAAUUCCACCAUGGAUGGGAAGCAAAGCCCCAGCCUGGGAGCACACAAAGCCCUUCACUUGGUCGAGCUGGAUGGGCAUCCGUGCAUUCCCCAGAGUCUCACCACUUGGGCACCCCAAUGCCCUUGAGUCUCUGCACCUGGCACUCUUAGGUCCCCACCGUGGGUGACAUAGUCUUAGAGGAUUCCCCUUAUUUUUCUUUUUGUGGUGUCUGUUCUUGCCACGCACCCUACUGCUACCCAAAAUAGGAGUCCAAACCUGAGCUCAAAUCUAUCUCACCCAAGACCAAAUAUCCUUUUUCCAAGGGGCUGGAGCCUUUCCUUGAGGUCUAGCCCUCUGUCUGGAGGCAUUUGGGGGGAUGGAUGACACAACCUGAUACUCAAGCACAGAAGAAUUUCUCUUUCCUGGUCUCAUAGGUAAGAGCAGAAGCUAACGACCAGAGCAUAUCUGUGGCAAUUCUUCAAAGCACCAGAAGGAGGCGCUAGUGGCCACUUGCCGAACUUCACUACUUCACUGCUUCAAGGACAUUCAAGUAAUUCUACUUUUAACAAGAUGGUUUACUUCUCAGCUGCUGGUCCUUUCUGGUGAUUUGAAUAUCCCGAUCCCGGCCUCCACAGGUAUUCACAUCACACCCAUUGCCUCGUGACAGCCUUUCCUCUCCAAGCCAAGUCUGACAGCCCCAUCCCACUCGCCGGUCUGCACUGUCUGAGAAGGGGUCACCUUGUCUCCUUGGGGCAAACCAGACGUGGACUCAGACACGCCAGGGUCAGGGGCCAGGGACCAAGGUGCAGGCGGGGUCUGGAGCCCAGUGGGCAGUUCAGACCGGAGGAGAUCAAGGCCCUAAGGACCCAUUCCCUGGGGAGGGGGUAGAACCAGGCAGGAAAAGUACCAGUUCUAGCCCCAGGCUUCCGCUUGACUGAGAAGCAACACCCAAACUGCUCUCCUGGAUUCGCUGACUCUGGGGCAGGACUAGAGAGACUCAGCGCCCCGUGCUGGGCACAUUCCGAGAGCCUGGAACUGUCAAUGCUCCCUCCUAUGGCCCAGGAACACCGGAAGCAGCUGUUGGAAGGAUAUUCCUAGCAAACCACCAGUAAAUUAAGUUGUAAUCCAAUGAUCAUUAGAUAGCCCAAUUAAUUAUACUUUACGGCCAUUUGUGUAACGAAAAAUCGAUUUGUGAAUUUUUGUACUUAAAGUAUACCACGUUAAUUUUUAAAAUAAUGAUAAAAUAUACCACAAUUUUUUAUAACCUC